AUGCAGCAGCGCGCUCCCGCCGAGCGCUCCACAGCGGCGUCCCUGCACGCGCACGUCCUCCACCUCCACCAAUGCGGCGGCGCCGGCAACCUCCUCCGCCGCGCCCACGCCGCCGCCCUGACAUCCGGCGCGCUCGCCGCGUCCCUGCCCCUCGCGGGCGCGCUCAUCCUCUCCUACGCCGCGGUCGCCGACCUGCCCUCCUCCGGCCGCCUCCUCCUCCACCACCCGCUCCGCCUCCGCUCGGCCUUCCUCUGGAACUCGCUCUCCCGCGCGCUCUCCUCGGCCUCCCUCCCCGCCGACGCCCUGCGCGUCUACAACCUCAUGCUCCGCUCCGCCGUCAGCCCGGACGACCGCACCUUCCCCUUCGCCCUCCACGCCGCCGCGGCCGCCGCCGGCGCGCACGCGGACAAGGGCCUAGAGCUCCACGCCGCCGCGCUCCGGAGCGGCCACCUCGCCGAUGUCUUCGCGGGCAACACGCUCGUCUCUUUCUACGCCGCCUGUGGCUCCGCCCGUGAUGCGCGCAGGGCGUUCGAUGAAAUGCCCGCCCGGGACGUCGUCUCCUGGAACUCCCUCGUCUCGGCGUUCUUGGCCAACAGGAUGUUCGAUGAUGCGAGGCGGGCGUUGGUCAGUAUGAUGGGGAGCGGGGUCCCUGUGAGUGUGGCGAGCUUGGUCUCGGUCGUGCCUGCUUGUGGCGUGGAGCAGGAGCAGGGGUUUGGGUUGGCUCUACAUGGACUCGCGCUGAAAGCCGGGCUGGACUCCGUGGUCAAUCUUGGAAAUGCACUGGUUGAUAUGUACGGGAAGUUUUGUCAAGUGGAGGCAUCGAUGCAGGUGUUUGAAGUAAUGCCAGAGAGAAAUGAGGUUUCUUGGAAUUCUGCCAUAGGUUGUUUUCUUAAUUCAGGGCUUUAUGGAGAUGUGCUGGCCAUGUUUAGGGAAAUGUCAGAGCGCGGAGUCAUGCCAGGGUCUAUCACGUUAUCGAGUUUGCUACCUGCUUUGGUUGAGCUUGGUUAUUUUGAUCUGGGCAGGGAGGUACAUGGGUAUAGUAUAAAGAGAGCAAUGGACUCAGAUAUUUUCGUUGCCAAUUCACUUGUGGAUAUGUAUGCCAAACUCGGUUCUCUGGAGAAAGCCUGCACUGUCUUUGAAAAGAUUGAGGUACCCAAUGUGGUGUCAUGGAAUGCAAUGAUCGCUAAUCUUGUGCAAAAUGGAGCUGAGACUGAGGCAUUCCGUCUUGUUAUCAAGAUGCAAAAGGAUGGGGAACGGCCAAAUUCAAUAACCCUGGUGAAUGUACUUCCAGCUUGUUCAAGGAUGUCCUCUCUAAAGAUAGGGAAACAGAUCCAUGCAUGGUCGAUCCGUACAGGAUUAGUAUUUGACUUAUUCAUAUCGAAUGCUUUGAUUGAUAUGUACGCGAAGUGCGGGCAGCUGAGUUUGGCGCAAAAUAUUUUUGACUUGUCAGAGAAGGAUGAUGUGUCAUACAACGCUUUGCUUCUGGGUUAUUCUCAGAGUCCAUGGAGUUUUGAAUCUCUUAAUCUAUUUAAGGAGAUAAGGUCUGCGGGAAUUGAGUAUGAUGCUAUUUCUUUCAUGGGUGCCUUGACUGCAUGUACCAAUUUAUGUGCAUUUAAACAAGGGAAAGAAAUUCAUGGUGUUUUAGUAAGGAGAUUACAAAGUAAUCAUCCCUUUCUGGCUAAUUCACUGCUAGGUUUGUAUACUAAAGGUGGAAUGCUUGACACUGCAACAAAGAUCUUCAAUAGGAUUACAGAGAAGGAUGUUGCUUCAUGGAAUACCAUGAUCAUGGGAUACGGAAUGCACGGCCAAAUUGAUGUUGCUUUCCAUUUGUUUGAUCUGAUGAAGGAUGAUGGUGUUGACUAUGAUCAUGUGUCUUACAUCGCAGUGCUGUCGGCAUGCAGCCACGGUGGGCUUGUUGAGAAAGGAAAAGAGUACUUCAGUCAAAUGCGUGCCCAAAAUUUAGAGCCACAACAAAUGCAUUAUGCUUGCAUGGUUGAUCUUCUUGGGCGUACUGGACAACUGACUGAAUCUGUUGAACUAAUCCAAGACAUGCCUUUUCAUGCCAAUUCCGAUGUGUGGGGAGCACUGCUUGGGGCUUGCCGAAUACAUGGAAACAUUGAAGUAGCGCAAUAUGCAGCGGAACAUUUGUUUGAGUUGAAGCCAGAGCAUUCGGGUUACUAUACACUGCUGAUAAACAUGUACGCUGAGGCUGGUAGGUGGAAUGAAGCAAACAAGAUCAGGAAAUUAAUGAAAUCCAGGAAGGUACAGAAAAAUCCAGCCUAUAGCUGGGUACAGAGUGGCAACAAGCUACAAGCUUUUCUUGUGGGGAAUGGUUAG